AUGGAUGGCAUCAUUAAUCCCGAAUUUUGUCACCCGACAUCCACCGUUUUAGGCCAGGAUCUGGAGGGAGGACCGGCGGCCGAAAUCUGGGCUCCACCCGACAGUUGGGGUGUUCAACCGGCUGAAGCAGAAUCCUCUUCACAACCGGCCUCCUAUAUGGAGGACGAAGCGACGGAUUUUGACGGCUAUUCCAUAGUAGGACAGGAGGAACAUUGGGAAUUACAAAAGAAAAAUUACUGUAUUCGUAUCUUUCGUCCCGACAACACCUUUGGCACUCUUCAACUGCCUCUCAACACAACCACCUAUGAUCUCAUCCAACGUUUAGCGGGGAAGUUCUUUUUACACGAUCUCAGCAAGUACAGCCUCUUGGUCACGCGUUACCAUCUCGAACGUGCAUUAUUGCCCAACGAGCGUCCGCUGCAGAUGCAAAAAACUCUGCUUGAACAGAUGGGAUAUACGGAACAAGAUAAACUGUACGAUGUCGGACGCGAAGAUAAUUCUUACCUUCUCCGUUUCACCUUUGGACCCAACCUUACCCAAACCUUGCAUGAACAACCCGAUGUCAACAACUACCAGCAUACAAAUUUCCAAGCGCGCAAUUUGGCGACGAUUCCGAUUUUUCUCUACAAGCAUGCAGCAAACAUUAUUUCCCUGGAUCUGUCCGAAAACCUGUUGAUUGAACUGCCCAUCGAUUUCAUCCAGAUGUGCAAACGGCUCAAACAGUUGUCACUCGCUGGAAACGAGUAUACAGCCUUGCCUUAUUCCACCAAAUCCAUGCAAGGACUCCAGCAGCUGAAUAUUUCCAAUAAUCGUCUUCGUGAAUUAUCCCACGCUCACAUUGAAGAAAUGACCCAUCUACUGGUUUUGCAUGCGUUUAAUAACCGCCUCACCUCCUUACCCGACACUUUCAAUUCAUUGCAGCAUUUGACGGCUCUGUAUAUAUCCAACAAUGCCAUGACCCAAUUUCCGCCCGUCAUUUGUCAAUUAUCGGCUUUGGAGUACCUCGACAUCAGCUUUAACAAGAUAACCGUGCUCCCCGACGAACUAGGCAAUCUUCGCAAGUUGAUUGGAUUUUACGCCAUUGCGAAUCGUCUAAGUGGCAGCUUGCCAUCCACUUUCUCCCAGUUGGAAAACUUGCAUGAACUGGAUAUUCGUCAAAACUUUAUCACGGAGCUCGACGUGAUCUGCUUGUUACCCAAACUGGAAAUGGUCUAUGUCGAUUACAAUGCGGUGAGCAUUGUCAGCUCCCAGUUCAAGAAUAUCAAAAAGCUGCAAAUGUGUAAAAAUCACUUGACCCAGUUCAAUCUCGGCUUCUGUCAGUUACCCGAAGCAGGAACCCUGUCCGCGAGCUUACCUCAUCCAGUGCCAUCGUAUACCGUGUCAUGCCUACUCACCGAUCUGAACCUCGCCAACUGCAAACUAUCCUCGAUUCAAUCGGACGUCUUCAAAAGUUUGACACUGCUGGAAACACUGGUUCUGGAUAGUAAUACGCUCAAUUUUCUGCCGCGCACCAUAGGCGUCUUGACCAAACUGGUGCGACUUUCCGUGCAAAACAACCAUCUUGAAAAUAUACCCAUGGAAAUUUCCAAAUUACCGGAACUCAAGGUCUUGGAUGCACAGAACAACAAUAUCAAAAUGUUACCGCAGGAAAUUUGGUUAUGUCCGUCCUUGCAGACCCUCAACUGUUCUUCCAAUCUUCUUCGCGCAUUUCCUGAUCCAAUCCAUGUCACGAUCCCCGGCAAUACUGUGCUUCCCCCGAUUUUACCUUCGAACGCCGCCUUUUCUUCCCACAUGGGUCAAGGCAUUGCGCCUCCCCCAAGAGAAGCUUACGCCGGUCCCGGGCCGCAGCAACUGUCGUCUUCCAGCUUGCUGAGCGGUCAUUCACCUCCCACAUUCAAUCCACCCUCCUUUUUCGCCAGUCCUCGCAACCAUCCUCCGCCAUUGUCUCUAUCGCUUCGCCAGCUGUUCUUGGGUGAUAAUCGAUUAACUGACGAUGUUUGGUCGCCCUUGUCUCUUUUCUUGGAAUUGCGCACGCUCAAUCUAUCGUUCAACGAUCUGUACGAGAUCCCCUCGGAAGGUUUAUGCCAUCAACAUCUGUACGAGCUGUACCUGUCUGGCAACGAACUUGCGUCCUUGCCAGCCGACGAUAUUGAGAAACUUGGCUAUCUACGUGUUCUUGCUGUCAAUGGCAACAAGUUACAAACCUUGCCAGCGGAAAUCGGCAAACUUCGAAAAUUGCUCGUGCUAGAUGUCGGUAACAAUGUCCUCAAAUACAAUAUUGCCAAUUGGCCGUAUGACUGGAAUUGGAACUGGAAUUUGGGGCUGAAAUAUCUCAACUUGUCGGGCAACAAACGCUUGGAGAUCAAAAAGACGCAACCGGACAGCAUUAAUCCGAAAGAAAAGAAUCUUUCCGACUUUAGUGCGCUGGCACGACUGCGGAUGUUGGGGUUGAUGGACAUCACCAUUUUGGGGGUGUCGACGCCGGAAGAGACAGAGGAUCGCCGUGUGCGCACGUCCCCGUCGGAUGUGAACAAUAUGGGCUACGGUGUGGCGGACUGGUUAGGACCCAGUGAUCAUUUAGCCACGUGGGAUCUCGUCAUGCCGCGAUUCCGAAACAAUGACGAUGAAUGCAUAUUUGGCUUGUUUGAUGGACGUAAAAACAGUCGCAUGGGAUGUCGACUGACCAAAUAUCUCAACGACAAUCUGACCCGACAUUUCGCUGACGAAUUGAUCAAAACCAAGGAUGACGAGACCGUGGUAUCGGCGCUUCGACGAACCUUUUUGACCCUGGAGAAAGAAUUGGGCUCGGCACCAGACCGUGAUAAAGAAGCUGGCGCGUCCGCCGUCGUCUGUUACAUCAGCGGUACCAAACUUUAUGUUGCCAAUGUAGGAGACGCCUUGGCUAUUAUUUCUCGCAAUAGCGGUCAAGCGUACGAAAUUACCCAAAAGCAUAUCCCAUUAAAUCCCAGUGAAACAGCGAGAAUACGAAGCGCCGGUGGAUUUGUAUCCAAUGCCGGCCUGUUGAACGAUCGGUUAGGCGUGUCUCGCAGUUUUGGCUACUUCAACUUGAUUCCCGUCGUGAACGCGAACCCUUACAUUUCACUGAUCGAAUUGACGGAGAAUGACGAGUUUGUCAUCAUGGCCUCGCGUGGUUUGUGGGAGCGCAUGUCGUAUCAAACGGCGGUGGACAUUGCACGUACCGAACGAGAUGAUUUGAUGGCUGCAGCACAAAAACUUCGUGAUUUCGCCCUGACGUAUGGUGCCGACGACAAUGUCAUGGUCAUGAUCAUCGGGGUCGGCGAUCUCUUUGAUAAACGUGAUAAGCGGCUACGCAACUUGCGAGGCAUCAAUGUCAGUCGCGCAGGCAGUGGUUCGGACGGUAGUGGUAUGACAUUGGAAGAAGCGGCAUUGCGACCAGGCAGUAUAGUUGUAGGCAAAACCAAACGACGUGGCAAAGAAGAAGAACCAGGAGAUUCGACGUUGGCACGUUUGCAACGAGAAGUGCCUCCACCGAUCAAUCAGGUGGCUCUUGUGUUUACGGAUAUCAAGAGUUCAACGUUACUGUGGGAAACCCAGCCAGAAGAUAUGCGAUCGGCGAUCAAGAUUCAUGACGCCGUCAUGCGUCGUACAUUACGUACUGUGGGCGGUUACGAAGUGAAAACGGAAGGAGAUGCAUUCAUGGUGUGUUUCCAAAAUAUUACCAGUGCGUUACUUUGGUGUUUCACUGUCCAGCUGCAGCUACUGGAAGCAGAUUGGCCCGCGGGUAUUCUCGAUACAGAAGAAGGCCGCGAGAUUGAAAAGGACAGUGUCAUCAUUUAUCGCGGAUUAUCGGUGCGUAUGGGAAUUCAUUGGGGUACACCGGUAUUUGAACGCAAUCCUAUCACGAACCGUAUGGACUACUUUGGUCCGGUGGUGAACAAAGCGAGUCGUAUCUGCAACGCGGCGGAUGGUGGGCAGAUUUGCGUGUCGUCGGAUGUCAUUGCAGCUCUACGCAAUAUCACGGGCCUGAUUGUCAACGACAACGACGCUUCGGUUGCGGCUUCCGGCAGUUAUUCUGUGGGACGAGAUAUUCAGCAACUGAAACGACUUGGAUUUCAUGUGAUGGAACUGGGCGAACGGCGCUUGAAAGGAUUGGAAACACCGGAAAUGUUGAGUUUGGUGUAUCCGAAGCAGAUUGCGGGACGUAUGGAGUUGGAUAAGAGCGCCAUUAUCAAGAAUGCAGCUUUAUUACCGGAAACGGAGCCGCCACGAUUGACGGUCACUUCUGGGACACCUUCUCCUGCCUCGGAAAUUGAAGAACCUCCGGAAGUGGGUGCUCCUUCGCCUACGAAACAAGUUGGCAAAGUCCAGCAUCGUCCAUCUAUUACGCGAUCUCCGGGAUCAAACGGCGCUGGUCGCAUCCUUGAUCCGUCACUUGUUUGCGCGCUAAAUACACUGGCGAUUCGCUUGGAGCACAUCACGAGCGGAAAGGCGGCGCCAAAAUUGACAGCGCAGGCCAUCGAAAACGGUGAGGUGGAAUCGUGCUUUGUCGGUGCGAUGCACCGUCACAUCCAGUACGAUGCUUCCGAUGAAGAGCUCAUGGCUUUGGUCGAGAACUUUGUCACCCGCAUCGAGAAUGCCGCCUCUUCGUUAUAUUUACAAAAAGUGGGACGAUUUGCCAGCGUGCUGGAAAAACUCGGCGAAGCCAUUGAAGUUGAUUCUAUGCACAUCUUGCGCGCUUUGCAAAUGUACUCUGAGGUGAGCGGAUUGUCCACCAAGCCUUAA